CACACCUUGCCAGCUUUAUAUAUAAUAUAACAGAACAGAUGUGCAGUCCAUUUUGGGGACCAAAAUAGAAGUGUACCUUUGCUUUUCAGUUUAUUUAAUCAUAAACGGAAUAAAAUGGGUGCAAUUUGGAGCAUGUUCUUUGGUUAUGGGGGCAGUGACACUGUUGACGAGAAGACUGGUCUGACAGAGCGCGAGAAAAAUAUACUGCGUUAUACCUGGAAGGGGAUAUCUACCAAACCAAGGGAGUACGGACCAGAACUUUUCUUACAACUUUUCACGAAGAUACCGGAGACAAAGAAAUAUUUUCGUUCCCUCAAAGACAAAUCAAACGAAGAACUACGAAAAAGCUUUGUAUUGCGUGCCCAUGGUGCCACAGUUGUUAACUCCCUCACGAGUGUCGUAGAGAGCUUAGACGACGCCGACUGCUUGGUAUCGCUGCUGAAGAAAAUCGGCACCAAUCACCAGAAAAUAGGGAUACCUGUUGCUUUGUUUGGGCCGGAGUUCUGUGAAUUGAUUUUAUCAUGGUUGGAGAACUCGUUGGGAAGCAGCAGGUUUGGGCCCACAGAAAGAGCCACGUGGGAUAAAGCGUUAUCGGUGAUCAUGUCUGUCAUCAAAAGCGCGUACGACGAGAAAUAGCCAC